AUGGGCAAAGGCAAAGCCGUCGCCGAUGCCGCUUGUAAGUUUUGCAAGUUGCGGUUCCACGUGGAUACCAAUCCCCUUGUGAAGAAUCUGGAUAAGAACGAUACUUUGAAGCCUAGGUGUACCAAUGCGAGAGAUUGUCGUCCAUGUGCAAACUUCAUCAAGAAUGAAGAGGAGUACGCAGACAUGACGGCGUCGGCUUUGGAAAAGUACUUGCAGGACACCGCGAAUCAGAAGGUGUAUGAUGAGAAAUUCAAGGAGUGGUGUGCAACACGCCGUGAGGGGGGAAGGCGUGCUCGAAAUCGAGGUGCCAUUGAAGUUUCAUCGACUUCAUCGAAAACGGCCAGGCAGAUUUCCAAGGUUGCCGAGGGUGGCUCAUCCGAUGACGAUGCCGCGGCAGAUGCAUUUGAGCAAGCUUCCAAAAAGCUUCGAGUCACUGCGUCGAGCAAGGACGACGAGAUUGCUUUGAAAAUGUCAGCAAAGACAGGGUCUGAGGAUGAUGAGCUUAUGUCGAUGCUUUGGGGGGGAGACAUCAGUUUCCUCGGUGGUGGUGGUGGUGGUUCUGAUGAUGAGACACAGGCCAAGAAGAAAGCCAAGGUUGGAGGCACUAGCGGCACUUCUCGUGCCCGCCGCGCAACAACAGUUGAUUCGAAGUCCACCAAUGCCAAUGUUGCCAAUGCCGCUGCCCCUUCUGGUGCUGCUUCUGACGCAGGAGGAUCAGAUGCAGCGUCAGGCACCGUCUUUGCUUUUCAGGUGGGUGGCCAAUCCAAGAAGAAUGCCGCUGCGGAGACUCGUGAGCUCGACAAGUCCGAGGGUUUGGUGCUCCAAGCGAACCAGUUGAAAUUUCAAGUUGAAGAUUCUCGGGGAGGAGUGAUGCAGCUCUCACUUUCCAAAGUCACUUCAUUACUUGAGAAGUUGGAGACGCGCUUGGGUGAAUCCACUGCCCUCUUUGUUGACAUGAUCAGAUGCCAAGGUCCAGGUUGCCGUGCAGAGACUGUCUGGCACCAACUCAAGGAUUGCAAGACUCUGGUGCAAACAAUCUCAGACUUCAUUGAGGCGUUGCAAGACAAGGAAGCUGCGCCUUCAACCUUGAGUCUGAGGGCCACUGCUCUACGUGAUCUCAAGGUGACUCUUCCUGCUCAAGUCAACAAUGCAAUUUGCCAAAGGACAGCUGUGGCAAUGUGUGAGGACGACAAAUUUCAGGAGGUCAUGGAUUUCCUCAACCCUGAUUGCGAGGACAAGUACCCCGACGGCAUCACUUGUGUGCUCCCGAAAGAUUUGUCGGAGGAUGCCCUACGACUCGUCGUGAGGGAAUUUCAGGGAGGCUGCAUCUCCCAUGUGAUCAACCAGUGUUUUCUCCGCGUCCCCACGCCUUCUGGGUCUGAUGCUGCUGGCAAGUCUGAGGCCAUGCUACCAACCAUGAAGAGGAUUCUCGCUUUGUGUGAUAGCUUUGUCGCUUCCAAGAUCUACCACUCAGCUGCCCCAGAGAAGUCACCUUUGAGAGAAGAUGUGGCAAGGCUUUUGACGCUCCUGCGGGUUGUUUGCUCAGAGACUGACGUUGUCGGUACAGAGUUGGAGGCAGCAGAAGCUGCAAGGUUGCAGUUGGUCAAGGGCAAAACAGCUUUCCAAUCUGCCCUCACAAUCUACCCAGCGGGUGUCUUCCUUGUUGAGACAAUCUCCGGCUUGAUCAACCAAAGCAGGAAAGACCAAGCGUUGCAGGCCGAGAUUCAAGGUGUCUUUGAGUUUACCCAAGGCAUGAAGCCUUUCUGUCGCGACACGAUCGUGAGAGAGCGCGAUGGAGAGUAUGAAAUUUCAGUGCCAUUGCAAGCAAAAGUUGCUGACAUGACUGCCAAGUUCUUCAGCUUCAAGGACAAUGCCUCAGAUCGUGCCAAAGAUGCAUCGUCCACCCACUUGGCUGCCAUUGACCAGCAUAUCUCUCAACUUCAUGGUGCUCUUCUUGAAGCUGCAACUUUGAGGUUUGAGAAGAAGUUUCCCAAGUUUGAUGAUUUCAUGGAGGAUUUGGCUACUGGAAAGCUUUCUGAUUCCAAAACCACGGAGUGCCUUCAGAUGCUUGCGGAGCUAUCAUCCUACCAUGGCCUUCCCAAAGUACAUUUGGGCAAGAUGUUGGGGAAGGAGCUUGCAUCUGACAUUGCCGGCAAGCUUGGUGCUGUCAGUUCCAUUUCCCGUCUUUUGCAAGGAGCACUUGCAAAGCUGUGUUCCCUCUCAGCCGGCUCUGCGACAGAAGAGCUUCUGUUUGAAGACAGGGUCACCGCUUUGUUCAAAGGACUCAAAGACCAGAUUGUGAUCAAGCAGGUGGAAGCAGUUGUGCCAUCAUGGGCUGUGAGCCUCUCCAAGGUGACUGCAUUGAUUGAGAAGUCAGUGGCCAGUUUCAUGGAACAAGCCACCUCUACGUUCCACGGCUUCAUGGUUCGGAUUCUUGAUGCAGAAGUCAACUUGGACACAGUCUUGCAAACUGCAAUCGUGGGAGCUCUGGAUCAGGACGACAAGGACGGAAAAAGCGGAUUGGACUAUGCCAAGUUCUGUUUGACCUACACCUCAUGCAUGGGCGAUGUGGUCACACUCCAGUCAGGCACCGAGACGAGCGUGAAGGUUCAUGUCUCCUUCGUUUGCUUGUCUGGGGUCCUCUUGAACUUGUCGAAGUACAUGGUCAUGUUCAAAGAAAAGCUAGCAGAAGCUGAGGAGCUGCAGGCUUUCAGUGAGUUGGUAACCCGUGAUUUUGAGGCAGCCAAAAUGAAGCAACAGAGCAAGACCAUCUACAAGAUGCAUGUUCUGUCUCACAUGAGUGCCAAUUUUGCAAGGUUUGCAUCAGCUGCAAGUUCCUUUGCCAGCAUGACCAGCAAAAUGACCGAAACCGACAAGGAAAUGAUUUUCUUCAAGUUGCUCAUGGAUCGAAUGAGUACCUUUGUGGCUCAGUUGCUGUCUCAAUGCAACAAUGAACUUGGUAAUGCAUGGGCUGCUUUGGAUACAUCCUUCCAGAAGAUGAUCUCUUUGCAUUCUUUCCCCGACAUGUUCAAGGGUGACCUUGACAGGGAUCAGAUUGCCAAGUUGGUGGCUGACCACAACACUGUGUUGCUCUUGCAGCUGGGAUCCAAGAGUGCAGCGCUCUCUGAAGAGAUCAAGACAGCUUUGGACGCCAUUCGCAUGUUGCCCAAAGACAGCGUUUUGAGCGCUUCGGUGAUGACCAUGGUUGUGGCUUCGCAGAGUGAUUUGCAUAACUUCUCAAGUAGCGCCCACCAGGGGCCACCCAAAAAGGGUGAAAGAAUUGUGUUGGCAAAUUUUACUUAUUUCCAGGGCAGUAUGACCCUGGGACAAUGUUUAACGCGUGACCUGAAACCAGGUGAAACGCGCACCGGACUUGCAAAACGGUGCCUGGAUCUUUUAAGUUCCAAAGGCAUCAAGUGCGAGGACAAUUUGAAGCGCCGAGUGGAUUCACUGACGGCAGGGAAGUAA